AAAGAAAGAAGAGUGGAAUAUUGGGGUGAGAGUUGGAAACUUUCCGGAAAUGGCGGCUCAGAAGGGAAGCGUGUGUGUUACCGGUGCCGGAGGGUUCGUCGCCUCGUGGCUCGUCAAGCUUCUCCUCUCUAAGAACUAUUUUGUCCAUGCUACCGUUAGACAACCCGGAGAUGCAAAGUAUGCUCAUUUGAGUAAGUUUGAGAAUGCAUCGGAAAACUUGAGACUGUUGAAGGCAGACUUAUUGGAUUACAACUCUAUACAUUCAGCAGUUGAAGGGUGCAUAGGAGUAUUCCAUGUUGCUAGUCCAGUUCCUUCAACUAGUACUGUAACAAACCCUGAGGUAGAGGUGAUGGAGCCUGCUGUAGAGGGCACACUUAACGUGCUUAAAGCAAGCCUUGAAGCAAAAGUUAAGCGAGUUGUUGUUGUGUCCGCUUCGGCUGCUGUGUUCAGGAAUCCAUCAUGGCCCAAAGAUCAAGUGAUGGACGAAACAUGCUGGUCUGAUAAGGAAUACUGUAGGACUACUAAGAACUGGUAUUUUCUUUCUAAAACAGAAGCAGAAAGUCAGGCACUGGAGUUUGCUAAAAGAAACGGGCUUGAUGUAGUAACUAUAUGCCCUACACUUGUUUUGGGGCCAAUUCUGCAGCCUGCAGUGAAUGCAAGUAGCUUAGUUCUCAUUAGACUUCUGAAAGAAGGUUAUGAAUCAGUAGAAAACAAGGUCCGGCCAAUCGUUGACGUACGUGAUGUAGCUGAGGCACUGAUCCUGGAAUAUGAGAAGCCUGAGGCUAAAGGAAGAUACAUAUGCACAGCACACACUACCACGGAAAAGGGUCUGGUGGACAUGCUUAAGAGUAUAUACCCCCACUAUAACUAUCCUAAGAACUUUAUCGAAGUGCAGGAAGAAGGUGUCAGGUUGAGUUCCGAGAAAUUGCAAAGUUUAGGUUGGAGCUACCGGCCAUUGAAGGAAACUCUCAUUGAUUCCGUCGAAAGUUAUCGUGAGGCCAGGCUCUUGGAUUGAAAAAGGUGGUUUUAACUUCACAAGUAAGGGUAGGUUUUGUUAAGAGGACAAUUUGGCUUAAUAAAUGAUUCGAACAAUUUGAAUCUCUCUUGUAAACUCAAUGUAUGUUUGAGGUGUGCUCCUCGAGAUUGAUUUACUUAACAAAAAGAGUCUGUACCUCGACCUCCCUAUGUUAAGGCAUAUGGCUGUUUAAAUAUAAUCAGUUGUAGUCUUGUAGAUUAUAUAUAUCACUGCUUUAUUGGUUGUCAUAUCAAA